AUGGGAUCAUGGUGUGUUUCUUCCAUAACGGAGAUGAAUUAUUUGUUUACUGGAUCAUCCUCCUUUAAUGAUAACAUUUCAUCCUGGGAUGUUUCUUCUGUCGUGGACAUGACUGGGAUGUUUUAUGGCGCAGCAUCAUUCAAUCAAGACUUGUCUUUGUGGGAUGUUUCUUCUGUCGUGGACAUGAGCAACAUGUUCGUGCGAGCCUCUUCCUUCAAUCAAGCAGACUUGUCGUCAUGGGAUGUUUCGGCGGUCACUGAUAUGACGGCCAUGUUCUACGGUGCAUAUUCAUUCAACCAAGACUUGUCAUCAUGGAAUGUUUCUUCUGUGACUGCAAUGAAGUCAAUGUUCCGGGAUGCACACUCUUUCAAUCAAGACUUGUCAUCCUGGGAUGUUUCUUCAGUGACUAAUAUGAGUCAUAUGUUCUUUUAUGCAACAUCAUUCAAUCAAGACUUGUCAUCCUGGGAUGUCUCGAAAGUCACAGACGCGAGGAUGAUGUUCUUCAAUGCAGCGAUGGAGGAGCCGGCCGUAUUAUGUGGUUGGAGUGAUGCUUGGAAAGGGCUCUUGAAUUGCAAUGGAAGCGCAAGCUCAAAUUCCAAUGCCCCUGACCUGGUGCCAGGUCUCGGCAUUUUUGGUGGCAUUAUAAUAUGCGCCCUCGUGGCGAAGUACUAUGAUAUGCAUCGAAGUAGUCAACGUAGUGUCUCUGCAUAUGAAGAUCAAGAACAAGCUCGCUCUCGACAUGAAAUUCAACAGACCAUGACAGCGAGGCGUCGGCAACAGCGUGAAAACAACACCGGCCGUCAACAAGGGCUGACAGACGAGGAACGAAAUCAUGCCCGCUAUGAGCAGUUUGUCGCCAGCUUUUACUUCCACACUGUCUUGUCGGAAAAAUCCAACAUCACUGCAAAUAAUCUAAGGCGUUUGGCAUCCAGCAAGCCUGACGAAGAGAAUCCAUCUCCUGCUGCAAACGAUCAUGACGGUAAUGCUGAUGCGUCCGUAGUUGAUGAAAAGCAAAGUUCUAGUUGGAGGAGACCAUCGAGUUGGAGGAGACCAUAUAGUUGGAGGAAACCCUCAUCCGCAAAUAAGGAAGAAUGCUGCAUAUGUUUGGAGAGUUAUGCUGUAGGCGAGACGAUAUGUGCUCCAAUCGCAACGGAAUGCAAUCAUGUUUUUCACAAAGGAUGCAUAAAUGAAUGGCUGAAGUAUAAUGACAAAUGCCCUUUGUGCAGAGUAGAACUACUAAAGGAUUAG